AUGAUGCAAGAAGUUGAACUGGGGCAGGCACUUCCUCCUCCUUAUAAAAACCAUCAUGCCUCCCUUCCCUCUUCUACCCACCCUGUUCCUUAUUCCACUCAAAUCACUCCAAUGGGCUCUUAUUCAGGGCUAGAUGAAGCAGAGGAGCGUUUGUUAACUGGGGAUGGAAAUGGAAAUGGGAAUGAAAUUUCAUCAUCAGAUGUUAAAUUUGAGAUCAGGGAUUUGACCAGAAUUUCAGACAAGAGUGUUCUAAUACUCAACAAACUCAACAUUGAUAUCCCAAAAGGGGUGAUCAUGGGUGUCAUUGGCCCUAGUGGUAGUGGAAAGUCCACAUUUUUAAGGGCUCUGAAUCGAUUAUGGGAGCCUCCAUCCCAGAGUGUGUUCCUGGAUGGUAAAGACAUCACUGAUCUUGAUGUUCUUUCACUUCGCAGAAGAGUUGGCAUGCUCUUCCAGCUUCCUGCUUUGUUUGAAGGCACAGUUGCUGAUAAUGUUAGAUAUGGACCUCAGCUAAGAGGGAAGAAGCUUGCUGAUAAUGAGGUUUACAAGCUACUAACUCUUGCGGAUUUGGAUUCAACGUUCUUCAGUAAAUCAGGCUCAGAAUUAUCUGUUGGUCAAGCUCAGCGAGUUGCGCUUGCUCGCACGCUGGCUAACGAACCAGAGGUUUUAUUGCUGGAUGAACCUACCAGUGCAUUGGACCCGAUAUCGACGCAGAACAUUGAAGAUGUGCUAGUGAAGUUGAAGAAAGAAAAGGGAAUGACUAUGGUGAUGGUGUCUCACAGUAUCAAACAAAUCCAGAGGAUUGCUGAUGUAGUUUGCCUUCUUGUUGGUGGUGAGAUUGUCGAAAUUUUGAAACCUGAUCGGCUGUCCGAAGCUAAGCAUCCUAUGGCACUAAAGUUUCUUGAACUCAGCAAUUAG